CAGUAGUGUUGUUGUUGCCGCUGCUGGUGUUGUUGUUGUCUAUGUGGGCAUACAAUGGUAUGGUGUGUAUGAAAUUGUUUGCAGUCACAUUGGCUUUAACAUAUUGUUAGCUGGCAGAACGUUUCAGAUGAGUGCGCGAAUAAAACGUGAAACAGCGGUUAUUAUUUGUUCUGUGUGUGUGUUUUUUUUUAAUUUAACUUUGGUAUACUGCACGGCUUUUGAUAAAUAAUUCCAGUUACUUAAAGCUUAAUGCGUUAUUAUUUGUUUUGAGUUUUAUCGUUUAUUGCCAUUUUGUAUUAUUAACAAAAAAUUUGAACAAUGUUAAUUUAAUAGCCAAAACAGAGACUUUAUCCUAUCAUCAACAACAAUAGUACAAUAACUCGAAAUACAGUAAGAAUAAGUAAAAGCUGAAAAACGGGUCUAUAACGUAAUACUUACAAAGCCGCAUUUACGUCUCAGUACGCCAUUCAUGAAAAGUGUUAGUCAUCAUUUCUAACAAAGGCUUGUGCUUUGUGCUUUCGAUUGAGCUUGGUUUGAACGCACAAAGUGUGUACAAAGAAAAAAUUAAAAAGCAAAAUAUAAUUUAAAAAAAAACAUGUAAAUUCUAAUUUGGAAAACAAUAUGAGAAAUUAUUUUAAAAAAUAUAAAAUAUAAAAUCAAAAAUUAAUACAAAUAAAAUUGUGUGUAAAUAGCACAAUAGCAAUUUUCGUUCAUACGUUUAUAUAGUGUGUGUGUGUGUGUGUGUGUGUUUUAAAUCGCAUAUCUUCUAACGUUACAGUGAUGAUUGAUGUGUAAACAACGACAACCUCAUACAUAUAACCGCAAAGCCAACAACAAAACAACCAACAAUAUUAACAUUGAAAAUUAAUUGGACUGUGGAAACAAAGUAAAAUUGCUUAAAAUAUGUCGGAGUACUUUGAAUUUCAAAUGAAUAAACGCUACGAGAGUAACGCUUUUAAUUAUUUUGACAAGCGUCCUUACGAAAAAAAGAAAAUAAAUGUACGUGAACCCAAUGAACAGUUGCGUUUGCUACAAGUUUUUAAGGAUAAAAUAGGUGCCAGCAUCAAUUUGGCGCUUAGGGACAAGUCCUGUUGCUCAGACAACAGUUUUUUAAAUCGUUUUUUAUUCGCAAGAAAGUUUCAAUGUGAUGAAGCACUCCAACUUUUGAUCAAUUAUUUUUCUUACAAGGAGCGAAAUAAAGGACUUUUACAAAAAAUUAAUAUAUUUGAUGAAUCUAUACAAUUAGCUUUAAGAGAUGGCAACCCAGCAGUAUUGACGCAGCGCGACCGUAGAGGACGCAAGGUGAUAACGUUUUCAUGUUCAAAUUGGGAUCCAACUAAAUAUACCAUCGAAGAUGUGUAUAGAGCAAUUUUGCUUUCAUUAGACAAAUUGUUAGAAAAUGCUAGCAAUCAAUCGCUUGGAUUCGUUGUCAUUGUGGACUGGACAAACUUUACAUUUAAGCAAUCAGCACAGCUGUCACCAAAAACUUUAAAAUUAAUGAUCGAAGGACUUCAGGAUUGUAUGCCUAUUAAAUUUAAAGGCAUCCAUUUCAUUGCUCAACCGUGGUAUGUUGACGUUGCCUUAGCUGUAAUCAAACCAUUUCUUAAUGACAAAAUCAAACAACGCCUUAUCAUACAUGGAACCAACUUAACAACACUGCAUAAUCUUAUUAGUAAAGAUAUUUUACCACCGGAUCUUGGGGGUGAAGGACCCAGUAUUAACACUUUAGACUGGUAUCAUUAUCUGCUCGAAUCUAGUCAAAUAGUAGAAUCACCAAGAUCUUAUAGACUUAUUGAAACAGCUGUGUAUUCCAAAGUGCCCCGAAAUACCGAAGAAUUGACCAACACGAAAAAAUCAAAUACCCUGUGCGAAGAUAAUAAAAAUAAUAUACAUUAUAACAAUGACAAUUGCAUCUCAUGACAAUUUGUGAUCAAAUCAUUUUUUAUUGUUGUUCGAAAUCAUGUACGAAUAAAUUGUUUGUCGUAUUUAUGUGUUUAGCCUAUAAGUUGAUCUUCCUGCACUGACUAUUAAUUUUAUAUGAAAA